GUACAGACAAGCCACAGCACAGCCAGAAAACCUUUCAAGACACUGGAAAGCGACCCCCAAGCAAUAUAGGAAAAAACAAAUCCCCUUUGGAUUUUUAUUUUGUCUACAGAAAAUACAAAGGAUUCGCUAUCAGAUCCUCAUCCUCCCAUCUGGGUCUGCCUUAAAAUCCUCGAAAAGCUUUUCUCUAUAUGGGUCUUCUCCACUGUUCGGUUCCUCAGUUUCUCUACAGCUAUCUAUAGAGUUGGCCAGUCCAUGGGGUACCUGAACUCUCUCUGAUUCUCACUGCACUCGAUAGUGUGGUUGGUUUUAUAUCUGAAUUGAAAGAAUCUGAGAUCUAUGGCUAUUUCGGUUGCACUAGUUGACAGUAUGGCAUCAUUGAGCAGUGAUCUCUUCUAUGACAUAUUAAGGCGACUAGAUGGUCCAACUUUGGCAAGUGCAGCAUGUGCUUGUGCAGCAUUCUGUUCCAUAUCAAAAGAAGAGAGAUUAUGGGAAAAUGUGUGUUCUUCUAUGUGGCCUUCAACCAAUAGGGAAGAUGUCAAAAGUUUAAUAUCAUCCAUCGGGGGAUUCAGAAAGUUCUAUGCAGAUUGUUUUCCCCUUAUUGUAAACAAAGAAGUCAGUGAGAACCAAGGGAACAACUACCCCGAGUACCCCGAAGAAUGGAGUGAGGCUGAAUACUAUGGUGACAUGGAUGGAUUUGACAGUAUUUCACCCUCAGAUUUUGUUUCUAUCGUGGAUAUUAGGUAUAAAGAUAAAACAAUAUGCUCAAAAGUCCUUUGGGGCAUUCCAAAUGCAAAUGGCUUCGAUGGUUGGUUUUAUAAUUGCCCUUUUAGAAUUGAUCUUCUAACUUAUGCAGCUAGAGAUGAUGAGAGUGAUGGUGAGGUUACCCUUUCUGUUUCUGAUGGCCUGCCACCGGUUGCCUCAAUGGAAAGAGAAAGGAAAGAUGGGAAGCUAUGGCGGGAGCUCUGUGAUGGACUCCGUCUUAGCUGGAUUGUUGUAAACAGAAAAAUAAAGCAAGCUGCUAAUCUUGCUAGCUGGAGCCCUCUUGGUGGGCAAAGGCAUUGGCCGACGGACAAGGAUUUUGUGUUACGCUUCGGAUCUGUCCUCCCUGCCAAGGACAUUCUUCCAUGUCAAGUAGUGGAAUGCAUCCUUCGCAUGAAAUUCAGAGUGAUCCAUACUGAAGGAGAGGAGGGCACUCACACAACUCUCAAAUUAACAGAGCUGAGCAUGCAGUUGGAAGACAUGGAAGGCGCUCAUGUUAAUGGAAGAAACAGUUUGCUUAUUCUGAAGGAAGCACUGAGCUGCCAUAGGAGCAAAAAUUAUAGUGAAGUUCUCGAGUCUUGUCAUUUGUACUCAAAAGUGCAGAGCGAGUUAAAAGAGGAGAAGAUAAGAAAUGAAAGCAGGUUGGACAGACUUUGUAUCCUAAGCGGCAUUGCUGCGUUUCUAAUGUUCUGGUAUUACAUGUUAUAAAAUGGAAGUGCCUCCUUCAUUUUAACACGGUUAGCUGAAAAUGCUCUAACAGACUUCCAAUGUUUGUAAUUCUGCUGAUAGAAAUAUUUAAUUUUGCUUCAACCAAUAAAAGAAGUCCCUGAUCUCA